GCCGGAAGAGCCGCCUCGCGGCGCGCCCGGGCGGCAGCGGGCGGCCAUGGUGGGCCCGGGGCCCGGCCCCGGCGGCGCGGCGCCGCUGGAGAACGCCAACCCGCUCAUCUACCGCCGCUCGGGGGAGCGGCCCGUGACGGCGCGGGAGGAGGACGACGAGCUGCCCGACUCCAUCGACGACCGCGAGAUCUUCGAUCUCAUCCGCUCCAUCAACGACCCCGAGCACCCGCUCACUCUGGAGGAGCUGAACGUCGUGGAGCAGGUCCGCGUCAAGGUGAACGACACUGAAAGUACCGUGGCGGUGGAGUUCACUCCAACAAUUCCUCACUGCAGCAUGGCAACGCUGAUCGGCCUGUCAAUAAAAGUAAAACUGAUCAGAUCUCUACCUGAGAGAUUUAAGGUUGAUGUUCAUAUAACACCAGGAACACAUGCCUCUGAGCAUGCAGUUAAUAAACAGCUUGCUGAUAAAGAACGUGUAGCAGCUGCUCUGGAAAACUCUCACUUAUUAGAAGUGGUGAAUCAGUGCUUGUCUGCUCGAUCAUAAUUGCCUGAUGAGGAAGUCUUUGGUAUUAUGCUUUGUUAAAUUAAUUUUGUAUAUAAGUGGUGAUGCAAGUACUUCAUCUGUGUAUCUAUAAGCAAAAUAAAAUUAUUUGGAUUUUCUUAAA